AUGGACGCAAUCAGUGCUACCAAUCCACGAGUCAUUGAUGAUGCUCGGGCACGAAGACUCUGUGCUGACCUAAAACGCUGCAUGUAUUACGAAACAUGUGCGACAUAUGGACUCAACGUCGAUCGAGUGUUUAACGAAGUCACGCAGAAGAUCUCAGCCAUUAAGAAACAGCAACACCUUUUUGCUGCAUCAUGCAAGUCUCUGCCAAGCUCUCCUAGCCAUUCAGCUGCCUCUACCCCAGUCUCUACUAUUCACAGCAGUCAGACUGACUUUGGGUUUUCUAUAUUUAUACAUCACCUUGCUGAGCUGCCUGUCCUUCCAUGUUGCUGCAGAUUGUUUGAUGUGUGUGCGACAGUGAGAGCGGACAGGGAAACUAAAGUCACUUUGGUGUUUGAGCAUGUUGACCAGGAUCUGAAAACAUAUCUGGAGAAAGCCCCGUUACCUGGCCUACCAGCUGAGACUAUCAAGGAUCUGAUGAAUCAGUUGCUGAAUGGCUUGGCAUUCCUUCAUUCUCACAGUGUGGUGCACCGGGACCUUAAGCCAGAGAACAUCUUGGUGACCAGCCGGGGACAAGUGAAACUGGCUGACUUUGGCUUGGCUCGUAUCUACAGCUGCCAGAUGGCCCUCACUCCAGUGGUGGUGACCCUGUGGUACCGUGCCCCAGAGGUACUGUUGCAGGCAACAUACGCCACACCUGUUGACAUGUGGAGUACAGGCUGUAUCUUUGCUGAGAUGUUUCGACGAAGGCCUCUGUUUUGUGGGAAAUCGGAACUUGACCAACUAGGAAAGAUUAUUGACAUGACUGGGCUCCCGGCAGAGGAAGAUUGGCCAGAAGAUGUGACGCUUCCACGAAGCGCAUUCCCCAACCGUCCUCCGCAGUUGGUCAAGUCCUAUGUACCUGAAAUCGAUGAUUUGGGAGCAGAGCUGCUAUUGGAGUUAUUGGCAUUCAGCCCUCAUAAAAGAAUCUCCGCUUUUGAUGCCCUACGACAUCCUUAUUUUCAAGGCCAAAGUCCUGAAGUUUAAGAUGAUCGAUAGUGAGCUGAGGAUAAGAAACUGCCUGUGCCUUUACCUGCAAAUCAUCACCUGGGUGCUACUGUUACAACUAUCCUAAAGACUUGCACUCCUGGGGGUAGGGAGGGAAGAGGGGAGUCUUGCAGAAAAUUGAGCAUUAACCGACCAAGGACUUGUCACAGUUUGCAAAAUGUUUUUCCGUCUGUUGAUUUUGUGAAACUCUGUCUUGCUCCUUUGGCAAAGCGUGUGAAGCCUGAAAUGUAUAAUUGAGUGGUUCUUUUAGGGCAGAUUUCUUUUGCCCCUGAAAUGCAGUCCUCAGUUGGUUAGAAUGAGGUCUCUUUGCUGUAUGCGUGGCAUCAUUUUCUUGACAUGCACCAGUUAGUACAUCCACUUUACAUGGAAGUACAACUGGCACUAAACAUGUGUUUGGAGUUUGGUGCCAUCUGAGGAGGUAGUCUGUCCUGCUUCUCCAACACCUCCCCAGCCUUGCCCCUCCUAGUGGUUUUGUUUUAAAAGGUAAGUUUAGACAAUAAUACUCUUUUUAAACCCACUCCAUUUCCAUGUCAGCAAGAGUGAAAGACAGACUGUCCACCCAGAAGAGGUUUAUUUAAAAACAAGAUUGCAGGUUCUCCACGCUACCCAGCGACCUAAUUCUUCUCUCUCUUCCCCCUGCCCCUGCUCUGUUCUGCACAUCCCCCUCCACCCACCCCCCAAAAAAAUAACUUUCUCAAAGGAGCUAUGACCCAUGAAUCCUGAAAUCUUUGAAAUCCUAUUUGAACUUGAUGUCCUAAAGCGCUUCAUAGCCAAUGAAGUAUUUUUGAACUUCUGGUCUUUUUAGGUGCAUGAAACACAGCAGCCAAUUUGCACAGCAAGCUCCCAUAAAUAGUGAUGUGACAAAUGACUAGAUCAUCAGUUUUUGGGCAGUGACUGGGGAUGAAUGUUGGCCCCAGGUCACCAGGGAGAACUCCCCUUCUAAUCAUGCCAAGGUAUCCCUGAGAGGGAAGACUCCUUCAAUUAAAGCUUCUUGAUAGCUGCAAUCUCUAAUGGGACAACUUUCCCUCAAUACUGCACUGGGGUGUCAGCCUUGAUUUUAUACUCUAGUCUCUGAGUGGGGCUUGAAUCCACCACCUUUAACUCCCAGGCAGGGAUGCUACCCACUGAGUCACAACAGCCUGCAGUUAUGGACAUGUAGCUGGUGGAAAAAUGCAUAUGGAAAAUCCCAUGUCUCCUUGUGUUGUAUUGUUUGUCAUCUUGGCUGAGCCACUUCCAUGUAGGUUGGCUUAAACUUGGAAAACCUGUAGAUUUGCAGCUACUCUGUCUCCUGUCCAAUCCCUUCACAUUGAGGAGCAAGCAUUAUUUUAGGAGGUGGUUAUUGUUACUGGAAACACUUUGAUUAUGACCAGUUGAUCAGUCAUUUGGCAUUAUAGAAAUUCAGUAUGGUUGCAAAAAGUAUUCGUUGUCAAAGCUCUUAAUCUUGUACUCAUCAGAACAAUUUGCAAGAAUCUCAAUUAGAGGGGAAACCUGAAAUUUAUACCGCAUGCAUUUUACACACGCUACCUGUUUUGAUGGCUGCCAGUUAUUUUGGUGCAUUGGAGUCCAUCAGCAUUCUCGUCUCCUACAGUAUAAAUAUUGGUUUCCUUCUGUUUUGGUAUUUCAAGGAUAUUGUCCUGUAAAGUACAAGAUGAAAAGCUUUGACAAAAUGUAUAUUUUACAUCAAUACUCGUUUUAUUUCUCCCUUGCCUAUCAACUAGUCAGUUUUACCACAAUUAAAGAACUGUGCAACAUGGUUUUGAAAUUACACGCUAAAACCACCUUGCCAAGUCGUCUUUUACUGGUGCAUGGGAGCUGUGCUUGGCAGUAAUUUUGGGGCACAUUAAGUACCCUAUUUGUAGUACUCUAUGUCCGAUCAUGCCAAUUAUAGCCACUAACAGUCUUAAUAAAGACUUCUUAACAUUGAA